UUGGAUAUUUUAUUUUAUUCCUCUUCAGCCUAAAAAAUGCUUGACGGGGUCGAAAUUCAAGGUUAUGAAAAUUGUCUAAACUCCUGGGACAAACUAGACAGUGAAUUUACUUCCUUAAAUAAUUCCUAUAAAGAAUAUUUGGAUAAGGUGAGGGAGUUGCACGAACUUGAAGAUAAAUGUGCUAAAUUGCUCAAACAUCACAAAUACAAUGAUUUGAAAAUCGCUAAAUCCUUAACUGAUCUAAAGGAUACUUCAAAGCAAAAAGAGAUUAAGGAACUUCAAGAUAAAAUAAGUAGUCGCAAUGUAACCUUAAGAUCUAUUGAGACAACACUCCCAAAGCAAAGUUCUUUAUAUUUGAAAAUUAUAUUAGGAGACAUAAAUGUAUCACUAUCAACUAAUGAAAAAAAGUUCAAAUACAAAGAAAAUUAUGAAAAGUUUAAGAUCACAGUUACGAUGAUUAUUGUCAUAUUAUCAAUCAUUAAUUUAUUACUUGUUAAAUAUUACAGAGUAUUAGAUGCAAUUUUUUGUUUCCUAUUAGUUUGGUAUUAUUGCACCUUAACUAUACGAGAGAGUAUUUUACGUAUUAAUGGCUCCAGAAUCAAAGGAUGGUGGAUUAGUCAUCAUUAUAUAUCUGCAUUUCUUUGUGGUGUCAUUUUGACAUGGCCUGAUGGUUUUAUUUACCAAAGUUUUAGAAGACAAUUUAUGUCCUUUGCAUUAUUCAUAUCCUUUUUACAAAUUCUGCAAUACCAAUAUCAAAAAGGAUGCUUGUAUCGAUUAAAGGCACUUGGGGAAAGGCAAAAUUUGAUGGAUAUUACAGUAGAAGGGUUUCAGUCAUGGAUGUGGAAAGGUUUAUCAUUCUUAUUACCCUUUUUAUUUGCUGGAUACUUUUUCCAGGCAUAUAACUCUUAUACCUUAUAUAAUUUAAGUAAAUUACCUGAAUGCCAUGAAUGGCAAGUUCCAGUCAUAAGUUUUGUGUUCCUAGUUUUGUUUUGGGGGAAUUUUCUUACCACAAGUGCUGUUAUUUACCAAAAAUUUAUGCAGAAAUAUAGGCCUAAAAGCAGUUUUCAGACAAGACUUUUGACAAAAUAUAAACAUUAUUAAUUUAGAUACACAAUUAUAGACAAUAAUCAUGACUAUUA